AGUCUCCUGCUGUUGUGUGACUGUUGCUGUGAUCCUAAAUCAGUGGCUUGUGUGAGAAACUCCAUUUGUGGACUCGUACUCCACCUCCACAGAGUAGAAAAGAGACGCACUGGUGUCAGAGUCCACUGGCUUUGUUGAGCAGUGCAGUGCAGUGCUGCUCUGGAGGGAAUCGAACGCCAUGUGGAAUUUCAUCCUGGUCUCUCUGGGGUUGCUGCUGUCUCCCCGCCCGGCUCACAGCAUCAGAGAUGAUAGGUCAAAUUGCAAGCCUGUAACAGCAAGCUUCUGUCAAGGUGUGGGCUACACCUCAACCUCUUAUCCCAGUGGCAUUUCAGGUUACAGCCUGCAGCAGAUCGGGCAGAUUGUGGAGACGGCCUGUUCCACGGAGGUGGCGACAUUAAUGUGUCGCGUUGCCAUGCCUGAAUGCAGCUCAGACGACGACAGCCGGACGAAGCCUUGUCGAUCUCUCUGUGAGAAAGUCAAGACGGACUGCGAGUCUGCGAUCAGAGCAAAGCGGCUGUCCUGGCCAACAAAGCUCCGCUGUGAAGCACUACCAGUGUCUAACUGCGCACAGGGUAAAGAAACCAGAAUUACUCCGACUCCUCCAACAGCAACAUGUCAGGCGAUCACCAUCCCUCUCUGCAAAGACCUGCUCUACACUGAGACCGUGCUGCCCAACCUUCUGGGUCACAAAUCCCAGGAGGAGGCCAACCUGGACAUUCAUCCGUACUAUCCUCUAGUGAAAGUGGAGUGCUCCCCUCACCUGAAGCCUUUCCUCUGCUCCCUCUUCACUCCGCAGUGUGUGGCAGGAAAGGCUCUUCAGCCAUGUAGAACACUCUGUGAGAAGGCCCGGUCCGACUGCGGGUCGCUGAUGAGCAGGUUUGGCUUUGCGUGGCCUGAGUCUUUCAGGUGUGACGCUUUUACCACAGAAUCAUGUCAACAGGACGAUCUUGUUGCCCAACCAUCCUUGACAUGUCAGACGAUCACCGUCCCUCUCUGCAAAGACCUGCCCUACACUGAGACCGUGCUGCCCAACCUUCUGGGCCACAAAUCCCAGGAGGAGGCCAACCUGGAGAUAAACCAGUUCAGUCCUCUAGUGAAAGUGGAGUGCUCCCCUCACCUAAAGCCCUUCCUCUGCUCCCUCUACACUCCGCCAUGUGUGGCAGGAAAAGCCCGCCCACCUUGCAGAACGCUCUGUGAGCAGGCUCGGUCCGGCUGCGAGUUGCUGAUGAGCAGGUUCGGUUUCGUGUGGCCUGAAGCUUUCAGGUGUGAAGCUUUUACCACAGAAUCAUGUCAACAGUAUGGAGUGGGCACCAGCGGGGACAUGUGCGAGCCCAUCACCAUCCCCCUGUGUCAGGGUUUGUCUUACAACCAGACCACCACCCAGAAUCUCCUGGGACACGCAAAUCAAGGAGAAGCCAUGGCGAGGAUGUCCUUUUUCAACUCCUUGGUGCAGACCAUGUGCUCGGAGGACAUCCGCCUCUUGCUGUGCAGGGUGUACGCCCCCGAGUGUGUGGCUGGGGAAGUGCAGCGGCCCUGCAGGUCUUUCUGUGAGAGAGCCAAACAGGGCUGCGAAGAUCGGAUGAAAGCUUUUGGCAUUUCCUGGCCACCAGAGCUGCAGUGUAACUCAUUCCCAGAAGAAAUGUGUGCAUCGGAAGAACGCAGGACUGAGAUGCUGAACGCUGAAGGUGUCCUCGCUAAACUGAACGCUGGAGGAUUUUCUGUUCGUGGCAAAUCCCUGAGUCUGAGAACCGCUCGCCUUCUGCUGACGCUCAUGGACACAGAUGUGACACGAGACCUGGACGCGGUGGAGUUCUUCAAACUGGAGCAUUACAUGGCCACUCUCAGGAGGGAAUACGUGGAGAGCUACGAGAGGAGGAAUCCACCGUCUGUCACUCAAAGACAAAUGAAAAAGGCUCUGUCCGACCGCGGCUUCGCCGUCGACGACGACACCUUCACAACUCUGUGGCAACAGCACGGUUCUCAAGAUGGCAUCAACUACGACGAGUACACGGCCGCCGUGACCAAACUCCACAUCCUCAAAGAACGUUUCACCGCUCGUCUGCUCAGUUUACCAUGUGACUGUGAGGUGAGCAGCUUUUCCCUUAAACAGUUCCUAAAAUCAGCCAUAAUCUGAAAACACACACACACAUGCACACACACACACACCAGCAGAGGAGGAGAAUCUUUUUCUUCUUUUUAUUUGAUUGAAACUGAUCCUGAAUGAAGCUGUAGUUUCUUUUUCCUGAAGUUUGAAUCUUUGUCGGUUUGAUUCAUGUUCUCAGAUGAAAGCAUGAAAAUCUGUAACACUCACAUUUAAAAAAAACAAACUCAAGUUUGUAAACCACUCACUCUCCCACACCAAACCCCAUAGAGAAAAUCAGUGAUUUUAGCUCACAGGGACACAGGAGCUGCUGGUCUAAUGCUGCCUCGUGUGGUCACUUUGUGUCACUAAAGUAUGUCUAAAUUAAAUAUUUUAAAAGCUGAAAAGACAAAAAUAAGACAUUUGAACUUAGUGAUGGAGGCAACAGUGGAUCAACAACUCCUGUG